AUGAUGGAGGAGUUAAAGCUGACGUGUUUGCAGAGGAGACACCUGAUGGAGUGUGUUGAACGAGGAGACGCCCUGCCCCUCCAAUGCCACCCCACAUCCAGCACAGAACCAGCUCCUGCUUUGCCCCCACCCAUCUGUCAGCCCAGAAGGCUUUCAGCUAAACCACAUCUCAGGCCUGCCAAGCUCUGCCAGGCAGGAGGUGCCUACACCAGAGAGAAAUUCAAGCCACAGGCAAGGCGAGAUUUGGAAAAGGAGAAGCAAAGGCUCCAAAACAUCUUAGCAACAGGGAAGGACGUGGUGGAGCAGGAGGUGAAGCAGAGGGUGGUUCAGACAGAGGAAGAGGAGGCACCCGAGCCUGACCGGUUUGAGGAAUUGGUGAAUGAAAUUCAGGAGAGGAGGGAGUUCCUGGCAGAGAUGGAAGCCCUUGGACAGGGCAAGAGGUAUCGAAGCAUUAUCCUCACUGAAAUCUCCCAGAAAAUGCGUGAGAUGGAGAUCAUUGACAAGAAGAGGAGUGAGGAAGCAAGAGAGAUCACGACAAAAGACUUCCCUGCUGGGAACAAAUCUGAUCCCCGUGACUAA